GGUAGCUUGCUAGUUGGCAGCGUUGGAAACGCCGAAUAACCAGUGAUGAAGCCACUGCUACUGCUCAUCUCCUCCAUUGUAGUGAUGACAUUCUUACUCCUCCUGAGCGGCGCCGGCGCUCUCACCGCCGAUCACGCCACCGUCGGCGUCGCCGUGGCCGGCGGCAAGCGCACCCGCCACGCGGAGGAACUAAGUGAGAUGGAUUCGGUGCCGUACCCGCAAAGAAGGGUGCUACAAGGUGGCAACACUGUCUACAGACCGCUUGGCAGAGGUGCGGCUUGCAACCCUAUUUGCCCUGGUCGCGGAGACAGGUACACUGGCCGUGGCUGCAAAUCCCGUUACCAGUGCAGGGGCAUGUAAGAUAUCUCCAUCAGGGUGCAUGAUAAUAUCUUCACACCCUAUGUACGCAUGCAUGCUUGGAAAUUAUUGGGCAGUUCAGCAGUUGUUCUAUGUACAUCGAUGGAGUAGGUUGAACACUCAGUUGAUCUCGUCUUUUUUCAGUAUUGUUACGGUAUUCCAGGCAUAUAAACACUCAUGAUCACUGGUCAUCUCCAUGCUGAA